AUGGAGAAGCUUAUUGUCGGCACCCUGCUUCUCACUGUUCUUUCAGGAGGUAUAUCACAAUCAGACAUGGAUGGCAAGGCAUUCAUUUUCCCUCAAGAAUCGUCCACUGCCUAUGUGUCCCUGAUACCUCGGGUGAAGAAGUCACUGCAAAACUUCACCCUGUGUCUGAAGGCCUUCACAGACCUGACCCGCCCUUACAGCAUCUUCUCCUAAAACACAAAAACUCAGGACAAUGAGAUUCUUCUCUUUGUGCAAAAUAGUGGAGAAUACAUGUUCUAUGUUGGGAAUUCGGCCGCCAUUUUCAAGGCACCCACAAGUCUUUAUGAUCCAGUCCAUAUCUGUGUGAACUGGGAGUCUGCCUCUGGGAUUGCAGAAUUCUGGCUGAAUGGAAAGCCGUUGGGGAGGAAAGGUUUGAAGAAGGGGUACACUGUGGGGGGUGAGGCAAAGAUCAUUAUAGGACAAGAACAGGAUUCCUUUGGGGGACAUUUUGAUGCAAAGCAAUCCUUCGUUGGGGAGAUAUGGGAUGUUUCCUUAUGGGACCAUGUGAUCCCCCUAGAAGAGGCACAUGACAGCUGUGAACGUGGCAACCUUAUAAACUUCCGAGCUCUUACUUACGAAGAAAAUGGCUAUGUGGUGACUAAGCCCAAACUGAGGAUUUAA